AACAGGUCAUAUCACGUGACAAAAACAUCCUGCAUGUAGCCCUGUGUGUAUGAACACAAUGUUUUAUAAUUGAUACAAAUGUGAAGGACCAUAGGCUGUGCGUGGUACGGAUAAAUUUCAUGAAUCAUAGGACCUUGCUAAUCUUUUCAAAAUCUUCACUUUUUAAAAUUUUGUUAUCUACUGGAUAAAGGACUACAUAAUUCAUAAAUAUAAGUUACUAGGAUCAUUAGGCCUACAAACUAGAUCAAGUAAUCAGGCCAACUUUCCUUCAAAGAAUGAUGAUAAUUAUCGGCAUGACCUCAUUUUUUCUGACGGUGUGUUUGUUUGGGUGGACAUCCCUGGUCAGCACUAGCCAGACAGGAUGGACAGAUUUGAACAGUUUUACUUCAGACAUUGCCAGUCAUAAAUCUGUUGCUGAUCAAAUCAUCGACUAUGUGCUGACCGGUCCAGCUAAAGGUCAAGUGUACAACAGACUGGCCAACAUGACAGAUCAAUUUGGGUACAGACUAUGUGGAAGCAACAACCUUGAGAAAGCAAUAGACUACAUGGUGGACCAGUUCAAGAGAGAUGGCUUGGAGAAUGUCCACAAGGAACCAGUUACUAUUCCACAUUGGGUCCGUGGCAAUGAAUGGGCCUAUAUGAUCUCUCCACGUAGAAAAAAGUUAUCUAUUCUAGGACUUGGAUUCAGUGUUGGCACGCCCAAGGAAGGGAUCACUGCACAAGUCUUAGUAGUUUGCUCUUUUGAUGAGCUGCAUGCACGUGCAAGUGAAGCAAAAGGAAAGAUUGUUGUUUAUAACCAAAUUUGGGAGAAUUAUGGACAGAGUGUGGCCUACAGAAGCAGGGGAGCCACAGAGGCAGCUAAAUUGGGUGCUGUAGCAUCUUUAGUCAGAAGUGCCACACCCCUUUCUGUGUACAGCCCACAUACUGGGGAACAAACCUAUGAUGAUAACAUAAAGAAGAUUCCAACAGCAUGUAUAACAGUUGAAGAUGCGGAGUUGAUGUGGAGGAUAUCCAGCAGGGGUGAGCCAAUCACAGUGACUCUUUACAUGGAGGCUCAGAACCUCAACUAUCUCACCUCGUAUAACACUGUGGCAGAAAUCAAAGGCAGCACUUACCCUGAACAGGUUGUUCUAGUCAGUGGCCAUCUUGACAGUUGGGAUGUUGGCCAAGGAGCCAUGGAUGAUGGGGGUGGGGCAUUCAUAUCUUGGGAGGCCCUAUCCCUGGUGCGGCAACUAGGCCUACGACCCAAGAGAACACUUCGUGUGGUCCUGUGGACGUGCGAAGAAUUUGGUGUGUGGGGCGGCCAGGACUACUUUAGAGUACACAAAAACGAGUCAAAGAACUUUGACAUUGUUAUGGAGUCCGACAUGGGAACAUUUACCCCACAAGGGCUGGGCUUCACAGGUUCAGAUGAAGCCAUGAAGAUCAUGAAAAACCUGGCUUUAUCUCUGCUGGCCAGGGUUAAUGCCACGCUGGUUGACCAGGGGGCUGAGAUGUCAGACAUAUUUGACUGGCCAAAUGUAGGUGUACCAGCUGCAAGCAUUAAAACUGACAAUGGGAACUACUUUGACUUCCAUCACAGUGAGGGAGACACCAUGACAGUGCAGGACAGCAAGCAAAUGGAUUUGUGUGCUGCUGUCUGGGCAGUUACUGCCUUUACAUUGGCUGACUUGGAGGACAUGUUGCCUGGCAACCGUACAGCUUAGAGCUGGUUAUAAAUUGAAAGUUUUGUUCUCACGCUGGAUGAUGAUCAAAUGAUCAAGAUGAAUAUUGUAAUAAAAACUGUGAUCAAUG